AUGAAUGAUAAUAUAUUAGAAUGCAGACAAAAAUUACAAUUGGAAAUAUUAGAACAUAAAAAAACCAAAACAAAUUUAUUGAAAAUUGAAAAUGAAAACAAAGAACUUCAAAUACAAUUGGAUGUCAGUUUAAAAGCCACACAAAAUUUAGAAAAAGAAAAUAAUAAAAAUAGAGAGAUUUUAGUCAAACUUCAAAUUCAAACAACUUCAUAUUUGAAUGAAAGACAACAACUUAUUGAUAAAUGUUUUUAUGCAGAAGUUUGUAAAAUUAGACAAAAUCAAACAGAAGCUUUAGUAGCAGAAAUUUUAAACAAACAAGAAAUAUUAAAGAAAGAACAUAAUCAACUGAAAUCUGAAUGUAAUGAAAGUUUAGCAUUUAUAACAAAGAUUGAAAAUGAAGCAGAUAUGCAGGUUAAAUAUGUUCUAGAAGCGAAUAAAACAUUAUUGGAAAUGGAAGAAAAAAUGAUAUUAUUAAUGGCUGCUCUAGAAAAAGAAAAAUUUAAAAAUAAAGACUUGGAAACUUUAUCAGAAGAGAAAGAAAGGAAUUCAUUAAAUUCUGAUGAGUGGAAAAAUUACCAAACGGACAAUCAAAUAAGAAUAAAUAAAAUUUUAGAAGAAAAUGAAUUUUUAACAAAGGAAUUAAAUUUAGCAACGUCACAAAUAGAACUUAAAUAA